ACCCAACCCAUUUUGUUUACCUCUUUAAUUUUUUCCUUCCUAAUUAGGGAUCCCUAACAACCAUCGACAAAGCAGCAACUCAUCGCCGCCGCCGCCGAGCUUUCGCCGACCCAACUUCCGUUGCCGAGCUUCCACUUUCCGCCGCCUAUAUUCUGUCGAUAUUACUCCGCCGAUCUUCUGUUGAGCUUACGCCGCCGAUCUUCUGUCGAGCUUCCGCGGCCGAUAUUCUGUCGAGCUUCUUCUGCCGAGCUUCCGCCGCCGAUAUUCUGUCGAGCUUCCGCCGCUCUUUCUUCUUGCGGUGCCAAAGCAGCAACUCUUCCAUAACUUGCGUUGUUUGCCAGUCCAUUUUGCUUGAAAACAGAUUGAACGGGGGCAUCUUCAAGCUGGUUUUGGAUAGUAGAGCAUAGUUAUUAUAUACAGAAAGAGGACACUUUUGAAGAAUCAACUUCCAAUUGUCAUCAUUCUUUCCUGUUUUAUCUAAAAAAAAAGUACUCCAGAUCGUCCAGGCUAUGUUGGUCGGACUCUUCAAUAAUGUCAACGGGUGUGUGUCGGAUUCGUCAAAGCUAGUAUAUUUUUGGAGAAUCUGACACGGGUGCAGCAUCGAAAGUGAAGAGUCUGCGCAACUUAGAACCUGAAUUCGAAAAAAGGAUUGCUUUGUUAUUUUUCAGCGUCCGCUUGUCUCUUUCUCUUCAACUUAGGUCAAGGAAAGGGCAGAAACAUCACAACAUGGGAAAAGAUGCCGAAGAACAAUUAAGCCUAAACAAAGAUUCCAAGGAUGAUGAAGUAGAAGAAUAUUCCUUGCAACUCCCUGUACCAAAAUCACCAAUUAACAGCAGACCAAACAGCAUGGUGGUUAAGCACACACUAGUUAUUUCAUGUCAUGAGAUUGAAGACUUUCAUCUGAUUAAGAUUUUGUUGAUAAAAGAACAGAAGGCAAAUACUGUAAUUCCAGCACAUUUGGUGGCAGAAGCCAUAUCAACUCUCCACGGGCUUGAUUUAAGAUGGUCGGGGCCAAUAACACCAAGUGAAAUGCAGUAUGUUCAACAAUAUGUUUUGGCCAAGUACCCCGAAUAUUGCAAUGGACUUGUGGAAGGAGGAGACAAAAUUGAUCUCGAUGCACUUUGCAUCAAUGAUGAAUCCUCGGAAUCCUCGGCUAAUGAGAAGGGAAAAUCCCCGAGGAGAGAUGCCGCCUCUUUGCCUUCAUUUGGCAUUAGUAAUUCAGAGUUGGGAAAAAUCCAAUUGGAGCCAUCAAGAUUGCUCGAUAUCCUCACCAAGAAAACUUCAUUCCAAGGGAAUUUCAUUUCUAUACCAGAAAUUCAAGUCCGAAAUCGAGCUUUGCAACAAUGUGGGCUAAGUGAAGAGGAUUAUUUAGUUGUAUUUGCACUUACAUUGAAAGAAGCCAUGAUGAUGAUCGGAGAAUGUUACCCUUUCUUCAGGGGUAAUUACUACAUGACAAUUCUCGGCGAACAGUAUGAUUGCAUAAGGGAAUUUGUUACUUUCAAAGAUUCAAAAAUAAUCGCAGCACCAGAAACUUGGCUUGAUUUGAGGAUCAAAGGAUCGCAACUUAGCCAAUAUUUCCGGAGGAAAUCAAAGCAUAGUCCGAAAGGGCUAUUUGCCUAUCCUGCUUACGUGCAAGAAACACGCUACUCAAUGCAUUGGAUCUCGGAAGCUCAUCGAAAUUCAUGGCAUGUUCUGUUAGAUGCUUCUUCUGCUUUGGAUGCAGGUAAAGAAAGAUUGGCUUUAUCAUUACAUCGACCGGAUUUCGUGUUGUGUACAGUUGAUAAUACACAUGCUCAGCCCUCUAAACUCACCUGCCUUCUUGUAAGGAAACAGUCCUUUGAAACUGCAGCUUCUUCAGCAAAUUGAUUUACUCUGUGUCGGUUGCUUAAGUGGUUGAGCACCUCUACAAAUCGACCGGUAGAUUGAAGGUUCGAGUCACAAUAGAGCGUAAGUUGGAAAACUAUUGAUCCUUGUGAUAGGAUGGGUGUAAAAAAAAAAACUACUCAGGUAUGGAAGAAAGUUAAAAAAGAGAGGGGACUACUAUAAUGUAUCUUUGUGCGUGUAUAAUUUUAGUAUGACUUUUGCUUAAAUAAAAUCUCUAUUUAAUAUUAUAAA